UCAAAAUAGAGGAGAGUGAGCUCACUCCGGCGAUCCUCUUUGAUCCAUUCCACCGCUGGCGGUCAAGAGAGGUCAAGGGCAUCCCUUCCUCCGGUCAUCAAUCAUCUUCGAGCCGGCGACACCACUUCAUCCUUAUGUUCCAGAUCUGACUGCAUUUCCUGCCGCAAUUCUGAGAGGAAGAAGAAGAACGGAGAAGUUGGAGCAAUCUGGUGGUUUCAGCCGAUUCCCUCUCCUUCCGGCCAACGAUCUUCUGCAGUCGAAGCUUCGAUCAUGCUAAGGUGGAAUUUUAUGAACCGCCACCUUUAACUUGGAACAGGAAACUAGAUGCUGAGGAGAAAAAGCGAUCUGAGUUUUCUUUAAUAAAGUUAACUGACUACCAUAUGCUUUAUUUUGCUUAUCGGUUGUGCCGGAACUUCCUAGAGGAAACUGCAAGAGGACGGGCUGUACUUUAUAAUCCUUUCAGAAAGUGGAUGGAUGUGUCUUAUCAAGGAGUUCCUUUAGGUGGAAUAGGAUCGGGAAGUAUAGGUCGGAGCUACAGAGGAUAUUUUCAGUACUGGCAGCUACUGUCUGAUCAGUGUGAAGAGAAUCCUGUCCUAGCCAAUCAGUUUUCUGUCUUCAUUUCACGACCUAAUGGCAAGAAGUACUCCACUGUGCUGUCUCCAAGAAGUUCAGAAAUUCCAAAAGGGAGUUCCAAUCCUGGAAUAGAAUCUUGGGAUUGGAAUCUCAGUGGGAAAAACUGCACUUACCACGCUUUGUAUCCAAGGUCCUGGACUGUUUAUGAUGGUGAGCCUGACCCAAAACUCAAGAUAACAUGCCGUCAAAUUUCACCAUUUAUCCCACAUAACUAUCAAGAAAGCUCCUUUCCGGUUUCAGUUUUUAACUUCAUGCUGACGAAUUCAGGUGAAACUGCUGCAGAAGUCUCUUUGCUUUUCACAUGGGCUAAUUCUAUAGGUGGUAAAUCUGAAUUUUCUGGUAAUCAUGCUAAUUCCAGAAUGAAUUCAAAGAAUGGUGUUCGUGGAGUUCUUCUGCAUCACAGAACUGCUAACCAUCAGACGCCAGUGACGUUUGCCAUAGCAGCCCAAGAAACAAAUGGAGUUUGUGUUACAGAAUGCCCCUGCUUCCUCAUAUCUGGAAAUUACAAGGGAUUCACUGCAAGGGACAUGUGGGAUGAAAUAAAAAAAAAUGGAUCCUUCUCCCACCUAGAAGACAACAGAACAACCCGACCAUCAGAACCAGGAUCAUCUAUUGGAGCAGCAGUUGCAGCGACAGUUACAGUGCCAUCUAAAGAAAGUCGUACAGUUACAUUCUCUUUGGCAUGGGCCUGCCCCCAAGUUAAGUUUUCUAGUGGCAGAACCUAUAACAGGAGAUAUACUAAAUUCUAUGGGACAGAUGCUGAUGUUGCAGCAGCAAAUCUUGCUCAUGAUGCCAUAAUUGAAUGCUCCAACUGGGAGUCACAGAUUGAAGAUUGGCAAAGGCCUAUUUUGGAGGACAAACAGCUUCCUCAAUGGUAUCCAAUCACUCUCUUCAAUCAGCUCUACUAUCUAAAUGCCGGGGGCACAAUUUGGACAGAUGGAAUGCCCCCUGUUGAGAGCUUGGCAAACGUGGAAGAAAGAAAAUUCUCUCUCAGUAUACCAAGUGGACAUAUCAAAGAAAUUAAUAGUAAUGUCAAAGGAAGUGAUGCUGCUGCUAAUAUCUUGACAAGCGUGGCACAGAUCAGUGUGAAAUUACAGUCUCCUGUUACAUCACAUUCCGCCUUUGGUACAUCAUUGCUGCAGGAAGGAGAAGAAAACAUCGGCCAGUUUCUGUACCUCGAAGGAAUAGAAUAUCGUUUGUGGAACACUUACGAUGUCCACUUCUACUCAUCGUUCGCUUUGAUCAUGUUGUUUCCCAAACUUGAGCUCAGCAUUCAGAGAGACUUUGCAGCAGCAGUACUGAUGCAUGAUCCUCAAAAGAUUGAAUUGUUUACCGGCCAGCAGGUUUCAAGAAAGGUUCUUGGUGCCGUACCUCAUGAUAUCGGAACAAAUGAUCCAUGGUAUGAAGUAAAUGGUUACAUCCUACAUGAUAGCAAUAGGUGGAAGGACCUUAAUCCAAAGUUCGUCUUGCAAAUUUACAGAGAUGUAGUUGUGACAGGAGACAUAACUUUUGCAAAAUCUGUUUGGCCUUCUGUUUACAUUGCAAUGGCUUACAUGGAUCAGUUCGACAAGGACAAAGAUGGAAUGAUAGAAAAUGAAGGUUUCGGGGAUCAAACAUAUGACAUGUGGGCAGCUUCUUGUGUGAGUGCAUAUAGUGGUGGCCUUUGGGUCGCUGCUCUGCAAGCUGCUGCUUCCAUGGCACGACUAGUUGGAGAUGGAGCUUCUGGAGAUUAUUUUUGGGACCGGUAUCAGAAAGCAAAAGCUGUAUAUGAACAUCUAUGGAAUGGCUCUUAUUUUAACUAUGAUAAUGGUGGUGGAGUAUCAAGCUCAUCUAUUUUGGCUGACCAAUUGGCUGGACAAUGGUAUGCCAGAGCUUGUGGACUGGAAGGAAUCGUCGAUGAGAAGAAAGCACAAAGUGCUUUUCAAACAAUCUUUAACUUCAAUGUGUUAAAAGUGAAGGAAGGAACCUGCGGAGCGGUUAACGGAAUGAAACCGGAUGGAACUCUGGACUUGUCUGCAUUUCAAUCAAUCGAGAUAUGGCCAGGAGUGACAUACGCCGUUGCUGCUGCAAUGAUCCAAGAAGGCAUGCCGGAAAUAGGAUUCAAAACAGCACAAGGGAUUCAUGAAACUGCAUGGUCCGAGAAAGGAUUAGGGUACUCAUUUCAAACUCCUGAAGCAUGGACACCGGAUGGUCGAUACAGAUCAUUGCAGUACAUGCGUCCUCUAGCCAUAUGGGCGAUGCAGUGGGCACUGUCACCGCCGAGAUUGAACAAGGACGAUGGGUACAGAGCAGAUUGGAGUGGAGAAAUUCAAAUUCCUCGUCAGGCAUUUUCUCGGAUUGCCAACUUCCUCAAGCUGCCAGAAGAGAAGGCGUCUAAAACCAUUCUUCGAGUCAUCUACGAUAUUGCUCGUGAAAGACUUUGGGCACGGAGAUGAAUCAUCAUUCAGAAUCUCUGCAGUGGAUAUCAUCCCACUGAAUCUAUCUUUUAAUGCUAUUGUAAUAAUAUUAAAAUAAAGAAUAUUUUUAAUAUAAAAUAUUUUUUUUUUUUUUGUGUGUGUGUGUGUGUUUUUUAUUGUAGAAUGAUUAACGAAGAUAACAU